AUGAUGUUCUUACCAAGCGAUUAUUGUUGCAGGUUAACCGAUAAAGAGUAUUUGGAGCUUGUGUUUGAGAAUGGGCAGAUUCUUGCAAAGAGCCAAAGAUCCAACGGUUUUCCUCUGCAGAAUCAACGUACGAAAUCGAUCAUGGAUUUGUACGAGGCGGAGUAUAACGAGGAUUUCAAGAAGAGUAUCCAUGAUGGUACUAGUGGUGGCUCUAUCAAGAAUUUUGGAGACACACAGAGUUUGAAAGCUUCUUCAUCAAAGAGGGUGGUGGUUGAUUAUGAGAAGUGGAAGAAUAUCGAGUUUAUACCUCCUGAUGAGCAUUCUGUGGUUGCUGAAAGGUCGAUCGAACUGGGCUUUGACUCCACAGAUUUUACUGAAUACAGUAAAGGAUCGGCGUAUCUAAGCAGUAGUCUAGAUGAUGAGUCAGAUGAUGCAAGGCCACGAGUACCUGCAAGAACAAGAAAAGCUUUGGUCAAGAGAAGACGAAGCAAAGAGAUUGAUAACUCACCUGAAAGCAAGCAAAGAAACGAUAUCAACAAGAAGAUGCGUACCUUGCAGGAUCUACUACCUAAUUCUCACAAGGACGACAACGAAUCAUUGUUGGAUGAAGCAAUCAAUUAUAUGACGAACCUUCAAUAUCACGUUCAGAUGAUGACGAUGGGUAACAGAUUUGUUACACCAGCAAUGAUGUUACCUCUGGGGCCGCAUUACUCUCAGAUGGGUCUAGCAACAGGUAUGCCAAUGGGCGUACCACAGUUUCUGCCUGCGCCUGUUCUAGGAGCUGCCUUGCCUGGGGUUAGUAAUUCAGCAGAUAUGCUACGGUUUCUUAACCAUCCUGGACUAAUGCCAAUGCAAAACUCUGCACUCUUCACUCCAAUGGAAAACUGUUUCCCCCAGUAUGUCCCGCCAUCGUGUGCUGCUUUUCCUGACCAUAUACCAAACUCCACCUCUUUGUCAAAUCUAGAUGAUGCAACAACCAACACAAGAUAUCCAGGAACACUAGCAGAUGGAGGAAGUCUCUCUGGUAAAAAAUCUGAAAAACAGUGA